CCUGUAUAUUAUUAUCUAGAUACUUGGUGGUUAUUAAUAUACACCAGUACAUAGCAAGCGAUAUCUAUUUAGGGCUAAUGGGUCCUAUCGGGUAACCAGUCUCAAUUCCGUAGGGGCUGAGGAACCUGAACAAGCCAGGUAUUUCGUGCUUUCAGACCAAACCAUCGCGAUGGAAAGGCUGUUGCUACUGUGGUGGUCAGGUUUGGAAAGUACGCAACUUCCAGAAAGCCUGGUGCAUCUAGGAGAGUUUCCUACAGAUGGAACAACUACACCGAGAAUUGGUGCGAGUCUCUCCGACCUUUUGAUACUUCCUUGUUGGACAUACUUACUUUCUGGAGAAAUGAUCUCUUUCUCAGCCGAUGUCCCAAGCGUUCCACUAGACGAUAUCAGACCAUAUGUUGUGGGAAAUGAAAACCCCCGGAAAGCAGAAUUACUUGCUUGCUCGAGGCAGCAUAAUGGCCAACGCCCUCCGUAUUGACGCAGACAAACUCUAGUCUGCAAGGCUGAAAUCAAGCCACCAGAAGAUGUCGAACAGAAUCAUUCGCUGCGGCUAGAUCUCUAAACCCGAAAGGGUGGAGAACAGACCGCCACUUAGAGCGC